CCUUCCGUCACCCGCUUCUCCGCAUCGGACAGAACAGACAGUCCGCUGACAUACUCACAGACUGACAAACAGUCGCAAGAUUGAAAGAACGUUUUCUUUCAACUUUCGUGUCGUUUUGAUGUUGAGCUCUUGUAUGGAGUGCGUAACGUUACUCUCCCCUGCAGCAUAGACGAUGGAAUACGAAGCGCAUUUUCAGAAUUAACAAAGUGCUUUGCAAAGUUUCAAUACUCUGUUUUUCUAAUACGUGAUGAGGACUCAUCUAAAUGCUUUGAGACCUGUGGGACAUGGACGAUGAUUUAGGAGUCACUGGAAGACACACUAGAAGACGGAACAGUUUUUGAAACCUAGCGCCUCCACCAAAAUAACGUUGUUAGGAGGAUGAAACGUUUAACAUUUAUUUGUGUUGUGGGCUCUGGUGUGGUGCCGUGAAGAACAGCACAUGGCAUCAGUGCAAUGCAUAUGCAGGUUUAUUUACUGCGCUAAAGGAGACGGACUUCAGACUAUACGCGGGCUCAAACCCCAACAAACAAUUGGCUUUCUACGCAUGGUAAGCAGGCUUCAUCCAUGACAGUCUUCUGUCUGUCUUUCAUUGCCAUCUCUACAGUACGUUCAGUGCUGGAGAGUGUUGCUCUGCAGCAGCCCUGCUCUCUGUGAAACCCUCAGAGCCUCAGGCUUGACUUACUGCUCCUCCGCUCCUCUCAGCUCCCCCUUCAGCACCCUCAUCAGCAACUCGCCAUGGGCACCGUGCUGUCCCUUUCCCCUGGGCCGCGUAAGCCCAGUUACUACGACGACCGGCCAGGCUCGCUGAGCCACUACCCAAGCCUGAGCAGCCGCUCGCUGAACACGCAGAAGGACCGCAGUGGCAGCGGCGGACUCAAGCGCGGCCACUCCAUCUUCCUGCCGGCGCUCACGUGGAAGCGGCUGGUGGCGUCCACCAAGAAGCGUGGUGGCGGGACGAAGAAAGGAGGAUGCCCCGGUGGGCCCGGGGGCUUGGUGGCGGGUGGCGGCCCGCUGACGCUCAACAACAACAACAACCUCUACCACCAGAAGGACCCGGUGCUGCACAUGAACCGGGAGAACGUGAAGAAGUCGCUCUCGUGCGCCAAUCUGUCCAGCUACGACGGCCCUGCCGGACUCGGCCUGGGCAUGGGGGGCAUGGGGGGCAUGGGCCUUAGCCUGGGCUACGGCAAGACGCAGCUGUCCUCCGUCAAGAAGGUGUCUCCGGGCGUGGUGAUGUCCUCGCCCAAGCGCGUCAUCGUGCAGGCGUCCACCAGCGAGCUUCUCCGCUGCCUCGGCGAGUUUCUGUGCGGUCGCUGCUACCGACUCAAGCACCUGUCGCCGGCCGACCCGGUGCUCUGGCUGCGCGCCGUUGACCGGUCGCUCCUCCUCCAGGGCUGGCAGGACCAGGCCUUCGUCACGCCGGCCAACGUGGUCUUCGUCUACAUGCUGUGCCGCGACGUGGUGGAUGGCGACCUGGUGGCGUCCGAGCACGAGCUCCAAGCCAUCUUGCUCACCUGUCUCUACCUGUCCUACUCGUACAUGGGCAACGAGAUCUCGUACCCGCUCAAACCCUUCCUGGUAGAGGCGGGCAAGGAGGCCUUCUGGGACCGUUGCCUGGCCAUCAUCGACGCCACCAGUGCCAAGAUGCUGCGCAUCAACGCCGACCCGCACUUCUUCACACAGGUGUUUGCCGAGCUCAAGAGCGAAGGCGGCUGCGGCCCACAGGACUACAACCGCGUGCUUGACCGGUGAGAUAAGGGACAGGACAGGAAAUGGAAACCUUAUCCACUCGUAUUGUAUGAUAUAUCGUAUCACUCUCCUCCUCCUCCUCGCCCUCUCUCACGUUAGGCCACCUUCAGCACUCUCCCCAUCUCCAAGAGUCUCCACCGAGUCUCCAUUGCUGAAAGGCCCAGAGAAAAGCUCCCAUUGAGAAGCCCCAUUUGACCACCACCACUCUGAGUUCCUCCAUACCUCAGCCUCACCCUGGGUCCACGGGUUCAUGUAGCUGAUUCACCACUCUUCCUCACUGACCCUCCUUGUCAGCUUGCCCACACAACGGCAGAGGGCGAAUCGCACUGUAACUAGGCCAACAGCAGAGCAUGCAGGGCUGUUAAAGGAGAGAUCUGACUCGCAGGGAGUACUGCACUACUUAGGAUGGCUUUAAAAAAAGCACACUCACUCACACACACACACACACACACACACACACACACACACACACACACACACACACACACACCCUGAAGCAGUCAGGAUGGCACUCACUUUGAUUGGUGC